GCAAGCAGCCUGGUAUGGUACCAUGCGUGCUACUUUCCUAGUACCGAAACCUAAUGCAUCGAUAGGCCAUGAGUCCAGCAGCUGCCCUCGUCCUCGCACUACCGAGAGUAAGGAUUCCAAGUUGACAAGAAGGAAAUAACAAGGAGGUUGACAUGGUUUUUUUUUUAGCCAAGCAGUGCUACAACUGCCAGGGUCUAGGCCACGUUCAGGCUGACUGUCCCACCCUGCGUCUCAAUGGUGCUAAUGGCCGUUGCUACAACUGCAGCCAGCCCGGCCACCUUGCUGUAUGUUUAUUAUGCUCGAGGUAUCGUCAGAAUAGAGGUUAACUGAUUUUGUCCCAGCGCAACUGCCCGGCUCCUGCUUCCGGCGCUGGCCGCGGUGUCGGUGCCCCUCGUGGUGGAUUCAAUGGUGGCUUCCGCGGCGGAUACGGUGGUUAUCCUCGCGCUGCCACUUGCUACAAGUGCGGUGGCCCUAACCACUUUGCCCGUGACUGCCAGGCUCAGGCUAUGAAGUGCUACGCUUGCGGCAAGCUUGUGAGUACAAUAUGCAGGCCACUAUGUUGUUCGAUUAAUGGGUUUUAACUUUUCCUAGGGCCAUAUCUCUCGUGACUGCACCGCCCCCAACGGUGGCCCCUUGAGCUCUGCUGGCAAGGUCUGCUACAAGUGUGCCCAAGCUGGCCACAUCUCCCGGGACUGCCCUAACAAUGAGGCCGCUAACCAGCAGCCUGCUGAGUCUACUACCGCUGCUACUCCAGCUGCCCCUGCUACCGGGGCCGCCGGCGCCGCUGAGACUAGCACAGAGGCCGCCCCUGUUGCGCCUGCUGCUCCUACCACCGCUGUCGCAUAAACAGCUGUGCGGUUCGAAAUUGAUUGAUCCCAUUUUUGGGAGCCUGUUUCCUUUUUU